AUUUUUAAAACUACCGGGUACAUUGAAUAACAGACCAAUAUAGGUUCUCCUUUAAUAGGACUUAAAUAUGUGCUUUUGACGUAAAAUCAACAUGGCGGAUUAGUAUUUCUGAAUAUUGAAACUUGUCACAAAUCACACCCAAAAUGGUGUUAAUACAUAAUACAGGAAUGCAAGUUCUUCUUGUACUAAGUAUCUUUAGUACAUGUACAGGUCUAAUGUGCUAUUUCUGUUCGGACACAAGUAACGAGGCGGGUAAAAACUCGUGCCAAUCUUGGGUGAAAUCCAUGAGAUAUUUCCGCAAGAAAUAUAACGAAAAAGGUGUAUUUGAUACAACGAAAUAUGUCAAGAACUGCACAGGGUUUGCCGAUUUACCAGAAGAACAAAUAACAUGCGGUAUUUUUUCCACUCAGUCCAGAGGGUUGAUGCGCAGUUUCAUUAGGGAUUGCAGCGACGGGAAGAGUUUCUAUGAUACAAGUCUGAACGAACAAUUUGAGAACCGUCUCAUGGCUGACAAUCAAACAUCAUGCGUGUACAAAGGCACGAGUGACAUUGUUUGCAUAACUCUAUGUAAAGACAACUUUUGCAACGGCCCUCUGCUGUCGUCGACAAGUACAAUAAAAUCAUUGUUCGCUUUGCAAUUGUUAGCUGCAUUUUCUAAGUAUUGGUUCUGAAAGAUGUUGUAACAUUUUAUACUUUUUUAUUCUAUCAAUGAUGGCACAGUGUGUUUUAUUUAUCUAAGAUCACGCAAUUUUAUUGCACAUGCUGGAAGAACUUUUGUUUUAUGUUGGUUAUUAAGGGACCAAUAAAUAUACCGUCCCUUUUCUCAUACAACACAACAAUUUAUAAUUAUUCUCAUAUUCUUAAUUUCUUCAUGUAACUACUUAUUUAUUGAUUGGGCUUCGACAUUUAUGAACGGGUUCUUUUUUGCAAUGCUGUUCAUAUCUUAUUUGUUUAUGAGUAUGACGUCUAUUUAAUCGCACAUGUACACGCGUUUAAGACUUUAAAAAUGCUUAAGUAUACCAAUUGAAUAAAAUUGUAACUAGACACUUUUUGUAAAUAAGACAUUUGAAUGAGCAUUUGUUAAAUACAAUUUUGAUCUGAUUGUCUACUUGUAUAUUUUUUAAUAUAUGCUCGAAUCUCGUUAAUAUGAAUUAUGUUUCAGAUGGUUGUCUUUAUUUCAAGUCUGUGAUUUUGUUUUAUUUUAAAAACAUGAAAUAAAUAGUGUUAUAAGUAAAUCAUAUGGGGAGUAUUUUAUCAUGGAGUGUGUUUCGUUAUGCGUUACAAACGCUAAGUACAGAGACCGAA